GCCGCCGGAUCACGUGACGAGCGCUGUGCUGAGUUGAGAGGUCAAGCGGCCAUCUUGCGCCGGGCCCGGGGCCCCCCUCACGGAGAGACAUGUCGUCGUUUUCGGAGUCGGCCCUGGAGAAGAAGCUGUCGGAGCUGAGCAACUCGCAGCAGAGCGUGCAGACCCUGUCCCUGUGGCUGAUCCAUCACCGGAAACACGCGGCCCCCAUCGUCACGGUGUGGCAGCGGGAACUCCGGAGAGCGAAAUCAAGCCGGAAAUUGACGUUCUUGUAUUUGGCCAAUGACGUGAUCCAGAACAGCAAGCGCAAAGGCCCUGAGUUCACCCGUGAAUUUGAGAAAGUGUUGCUGGAUGCCUUUUCUCAUGUUUCCAGUGAAGCAGAUGAUGGUUGCCGGAAACCAUUGGAGAGAUUGCUGCACAUCUGGCAAGAGCGUAGUGUCUACACCGCCGACUUCGUCCAGCAACUCAGACUGGCAAUGGAUGACGAUGACAGCCCCAGGGAACCUCCAGAGCCCCGUCCUGUCGAGCCCACGCGCAGAAGCGAACGCAAGCGAGCUGCAGCAGAGUCCAUCUAUACCGCCAAAGUUGACUCCCACUGGUCUAAUAAAGCGGGCGAGGAGAAGGCAUCAUUGAAACGCAGUUUUCAGCAAGUCCAAGAAGAGGACGACGAUUAUCCGGGCAGCUACUCCCCUCGGGAUACUACUUCUGGUCUUCUCCUGACCGAUGAUCUCAUUAAAGCUCUGCAGGACCUGGAGAAUGCCGCCUCUGGAGAUGCAGCAGUAAGGCAGAAAAUUGCCUCCCUUCCGCAGGAGGUCCAGGACGUGUCUUUACUGGAGAAGAUUACAGACAAAGAGACAGCAGAGCGACUUUCCAAGACGGUAGAUGAGGCAUGUCUGCUGCUGGCAGAGUAUAAUGGUCGGCUAGCGGCAGAACUAGAUGAUCGCCGGCAGCUGGCAAAGAUGCUACUGGAGUACACACAGACCCAAAAGGAUACUUUGAGCAAUAAGGAGAAGAAGCUGGAGGAGUACAAACAGAAGCUUGCGCGUGUAACGCAGGUCCGGAAAGAGUUGAAGUCUCACAUACAGAGCCUGCCGGACCUGUCACUACUUCCAAACGUUACAGGUGGACUGGCGCCCCUUCCUUCCGCUGGGGAUCUCUUCUCUACUGACUAGGAGCAACUCUUUGUUUGGUCCACUCCUUUCUCCACCGACAACCCUACACACCAGCAGAGGAGGAGGAGUCUUACCGAGCUCGGAGAGACUGGAACUUGAUCCUCAUUGAAUUAUGACCCUAUUGCGCCUACCUGUGGUGACUACAAGCCAGUGCUCCAUCUCUUUCCCAAGUAGUGUCUUAGUGUCAGCGGCUAAUGGACAAAGCCGAGAGGGUAUCUGCUGAACUCCCAUCAUGUUUUUUUUUUGUUUUGUUUUUUUUUAAAGUUUUUUUUUAGAGACUCGUUUAUGAUGUGUGCACCGAGUAUGCUUCUCGAUUAGCUUGUUUCGGCAGCUUCUCUUUCCUGUUCCCAUCAGGAGAUGGAGGAAUGAAUUUUGUGUUGAGGUGCAGCAUGGCUAAUUUCCUUGUAAUGUGCUGCUGGUCAGAAGUAAUACACAAUAUAGUGUGUCUCCUUUCUCAA